UGCGCGCGGUCCAUGUACCAAUGGCUGCUCGCGGUCCUCCGCGCCCUCCGCGACGCCGCCCGCCAGGCCCCGGCCCCGGUUCUCGCCCUCAGCCCGGACCCGCGCCCGGAGCCGCCUCCCCGAAAGAAAGCGCCCCCCAGUGUUCUGUCACCUGUGGAAGAUCCUGAGGAGAUCCCUGCAAAGAGGCCGAAACCAGAAUGUGUCUCUGGGGCUAACAAGGAGCCUGAAGAGGUUUCUGUGGCUGCCAGGUUGCCACCUAAGGCAACAAGUAGAAGCCAGGAGACUGAAAAGAGAGAUGACUUCUCCUUCUCUGAGUCUGAAGAUGAGGUUGUGUACAUUUCUUCUGACUCCUCAUUCGUAGCUUCUGCAGAGGAUGAGGACACAACAGAACCUGACAAAAUGCCUUGUGACACCAAUCCAUGCUUGACUGAGGAAACACCAUCCUCUCUUUGUAAGAGAGUUCCAUAUCUGAGCCUGAGCAGGAAUAACCACAUCCGAGCUGCUCCAGAGAGCCCUGUCACACCCAGGCCCCCCAUUAAGGAGCCAGGUCCCAACUCUCCCAGAGUCAGUGGCACCAGGAGGCCUUUGUGUGCUGCUGAAGAGGAUGUUCAGCAAGCAGAAAAUAAGAAAUACAAAGAGCUCUUGAGUCUGUUCAAAGAGAAAUAUUCUGGAAGACUUACUUCUCCACGGUCAGCAAGACUCAACAAAGUUCAAACCAAGGAACCAGGGAUGACUGGGAGUCCCCUGAAAGAACAAAAACCCAGAGGUGCCUCUCCACCUGUGCCAGAAAGGACCAGUGUCAAACAUGGGGAUGUUUUCAGCCCCCAGCUGCCUCAGAGAGGUGUCAUGAUCAGCUACUACACACCACCAGAAGACUCUCGUGGACAGGGAAAACGAGAGAAACGAGCUGCUUCAGUGGGCCAGUGUGAAGCUGAAGUCCCCCAAAGAAAGUUAUUCCAGUUCCAUGUGACACCUGUCCUGUCCAAAGACCUCUUCUUUGUGGACAGCGAGCCACUGCCAUGCCUAGAAAAGCCAGGGGAUGAUCUGGCUCCACUGACAGAGGCUAUGGAGAGUGAGAUCUCUGCUGCCUUUGACAGUGGUGAGCCUGAGGACAUCCUGAGCAGGGCCUUCAAGCUCACUGUCACCCGUGAGGACAUCUGCACCCUGCAGCCCCUGGGCUGGCUCAAUGACAGGAUCAUGAAUUUCUACAUGGGUCUUCUGGUGGAAAGAAGCAAGAAGGAAGGAUAUCCAGCAGUCUAUGCUUUUAAUACCUUCUUUUAUUCCAAGCUGAGCUCUACAAGCCACAAGGGAGUAAAGAAAUGGACUAAAGGUGUGGAUAUCUUUGAGCAUGAUGUCAUCUUGGUGCCUAUUCACCUCAGAAUUCACUGGACACUGCUGGUUGUAGACCUCCGAGAGAAAACCAUCAAAUACUUUGACUCCUUGGGACAGAAGGGAGACCACAUUUGUAAAACUGUCUUAAAAUACCUGGAAGAGGAAAGCAGGGAGAAAAGAAACAUUGAACUGACUGCUUCUGAGUGGACCCUUCACAGCAUGGGCACAGAGGAAAUCCCUCAACAAAAUAAUGGAAAUGACUGUGGAGUUUUUGUUUGCAAAUUUGCCGAUUUCAUCUCCAGAGACAAACCCAUCAUCUUCACCCCGGAACACAUGCCUUAUUUCCGCAGGAAGAUGGUGUGGGAAAUAAUCCAUCAGCAGCUGCUGGGAGACAUGCACUGUUAGAAAUACACUGUUCUGUAAAAGAGUAGUAUUUAUUUCUUAUUGUUUAGGUUUCUCCGAAGGACAGCCACUGGCUCUCGGCUUGCAGGAGACUACAGAAGAGCUCUGGGACACGGGGGAUGGUUUCCUUCUUCCACCUCGCAGCUGACUUGGUCGAGAUCAUUUUUUCCAACUC